AUGACUUUCAAAGAAAUAAUCGACUCUCUUAUAGGAAACCGCAAUCGUCGUCAAGAGGACGCUCCUGAAAGACUUCGUAGUGUUCCAGCCGAGGCUUCUCUUACGCGUUAUUUGGAGAGAAACACGUUCGACGUCGACAAAGUGGAAUUGUUCAGUGAAAGCAAGAGCAAUAUGCUGGAAUACCGAGACGUCAACCACAACGGUAUGCUUGGCGAGACUGUUUCUAUUCCCAAAGAGACUUCUCCACCACCAUCAAUGUUUGCUGCCGUUACUCCAGCUAUGGCUUCCAACCAUGUCUCCUUGGCCAGAGCCACUAGCUCUCCACCUUGUGCUUCAUUGGGUCAACUCAUCUCGGUCGCCUCCGCCACUAGCCCACCACCGGCUCAUGUCUCGGUGGCCAGAGCCACAGCUCCACCACCAAAUCCACUCUAUCGCCGUCUUGAGAGACUUCCAGGAAUCGAUGAUGGAUUCCACCAAGAGCCGCUUCCACCACUUUGGGAGACAAGAGACUCCAAUGGACAACCGAUCCAAUUCGACUUCGAUGAGUACUCGGGGGUUCCACUCCAGGAACUUAUCUCCAGAAGCAUCAACAAACGCCUUUAA